CGUGGAUAAUAUCCCAGCUGGCAGCAAUGGCGGGCGUCUCUCGAUCCGAACAUGAGGAAUUUCAGAAAGUUUUGAGUAUUAUGGGAGACGAAACCACUUGUCCUGUCUGUUUAGAAGAAUUUCAGGAACCAAAAUGUCUUCCAAGUUGUGCACAUAACGUUUGUGAGCGGUGUUUGCAGAACAUGGUUCGUAGAAACAGUAUUACGAUUUCAUGUCCUCAGUGUCGAGAAGAAUCGUUUCUUCCCCCCCUAGGGGUGUCGGCCUUCCCCACAAACCAUCUUUUGCUGCGUCUGAUCGAUAACACUCCCGCAAGGAAAGAGAAAAAAGCUGUUACUGAAGCCUUGAGAUUUUGUAAAGAGCGGGUAGAGGCAGCAGAAAAAGCAGUCAAGGAUAUGGAAGAUUGUUACGAUAAAGCGACCGAGCAGAGCCAAGCUAUGAUAUGUGAGAUCAACACAAUGGCUGAUAAUAUUAUUCAGUUCAUAAAUGAUAAAAGGAAAAUUCUGCUUUCUCAGCUUGACGAUUUUAUGACUGAAAACUACGACACUGACUCCCUUCGAAAACAGAGGGAAGACAUGAUCGAUUUAUUUCAAAAAGCGAGAAGCUCCAUCCAGCAAGCAAAUGAAAUUCUCAGUGGGGAUGACAUUGAAAAGAUUUUAAAGUUCGGAGAUGUGUUAGAGGAGCAGUUAAAAGAAAUAAGCUCAACUUUGGAUACAAGAACUCUUGAAGCUAGGAAGCUAUCUAGCCAAGCAGAAAUAUACUACAAUCAUUUUCAGGUGUUAGAAUUAGAUGAGAAAUGCGUUGAAAUGCUCGGGACAUUGACAAUGUCUGUUACAAAAUACAUCCACGCUGGAGCCAGUGCUGGAUUGAUUGACUAUGGCACUUGCGGAGAAGUAACAAAGACGAUCGAAACUGAAUUCUUUACUUUUGCCUUUGCGGUGUCCAGUGUAUCAGGUGAGAUUGCGGCACUCGAUGAAGAGGAAAGGCAUGUACAUGUCUUCUCUUCACAAUUAGACUACCUUACAUCAUUCCGCAUUAGAUACGGUGACUUGUGGGACAUAACAUUUUCCAAAGAUGAAGAAAUAAUUGUUGUGAACCGAGAAUGUAAUCGCCUUCUUCACUACGACAAAGAAGGUACAUUUAUCAAAAAAUAUGUCAAAGCACCAAAUGACUCUGUGAAGUUUACAAGGAUUUCAACAGAUGGUAGUGGCCGCCUGUUGGUGACCUCGAGUCCUCGAGACUGCUGCGAUGAGCCUGAAGAUGAAGUGCAAUCUUGUAUUCUGGUCUACAGCCCUGAUAGAAGAUUUCUAUUUAGUUUUGGCAAAGAUAAACUGGCUUGCCCUCAAGAUGUUGUUUAUCACCAUGGGAAGUUCUUUGUGACUGAUGGUGAUCUUGAAUGCAUCAUGGUCUUUGACAGUAAUGGUAAAUUUCUCCUUGAUUUUGGAAACAGGGAUCUCUUAGACCCAGUUGGCAUAACUGCUGAUGUAAUCAACAAUGUAAUUCUAGUUUGUGACUGUAGUGGUAAUUCAAUUGUGGCCUUUAAACCAGAUGGGGAAAUGAUUUCAAGAAUUGAAACUGCUGAAGAGCCAGCACAUGUUGUGCUUUCUGCUUGUGGGGCAAGCUUAGUGGUGUGCUUUAAUAAAUCCCUUUUUUUCCAAAUUCUUUCUCACAAAAAGAACGAGCAAACUGCAUAGGAAAAUGCAGAGUAAUAUAGUAUACCUUGUUUCUCAGACAUUCUGAGAUUUCUUUUUUCAGAUCAAGUAAAGUUUGUGCUGUGAAAAGUAUUUUGCCACAAAGAAGGAUUGAGUUGGUAGAGACACAUUUUUUUACUAUGGAAAUUUGAAUCUCCAAUAAGUGCUCAAAGUGAGCAGAUUUUAUUGUAGAGCCAUGUGACUCAGUUAAAGGCAAAUGACGUUAUUGUCAUAUCUUAGUACCCAUCAUUUGUUUGUUUGUCUGUGUUAUUUGACUGGAAAAGUUAUUUCCCUCUUUAGAACUUCAUCUUACAAGGGAAGAAAAGUAGGAGUCACUAUAAAUUUCAAAAUAAACUUAGGAAGAAAUUGUAUUUAUUGUUUUGCCAUAUUUAAAGUUUUCAGGAUAACUGGGAACUGGAGGACAAGUUUAUGGGCUUUAUCCUGAACCAUUUUACUCUCAAGAUCUGUUUUGUGAUUCUCCCUUCUAGCUGCUACACAUUUCCUUGUAACUUAGUCAGGGAAAUUUGUGUUAGAUUAAGAUAACAACUUUAACCUGCUAAAUUUGAGUGUUCUCAUCGCCUGUUUUCUAGAUAAUGUAUGGAUAUUACAGGGAGAAGUUACUUGUUAAUCACCUCCAGGAAUUUAAGAGUGAAAUCUUCGGUUAAUUAUUAGGAUGAACAUGCAACCUCAUGGUACAACUUCAAUGCAUUAGUCUUGAGGAGAAAUGAAAAUUAACCAGAGUAUGGUGUCAGAAUAUGACAACAGAUUAUCCUCACUUAUUUUUAGAUUAGUUUAGAUAAUCUAUUAAAAGAGGAAAUGGUUGUCUGCUAAUCAGAUCUUGGGAGUUUGAAGAAGUUCAAAAAGGGUGGAAAGAUAAUUUUUAGAAGAAUUAUUCUUACAAAGUACUCUGUAUAUCGAUAUUUAAAAUUGCAUGGACUCAUUGCAUCAGAUUAUAGACAAGGUUUCCAUUAACAAGACAAUCUUUGUCUAAGAAUUAAAG